AUGGGGACGACGAAGCAACCUCAGAUUCGCAUAAUUGUAUUGGAGAAAGGACAGCACUUGGACACUGUAGUGCGCCGACUUGAGAAAGGGGAAAUCGUUCGUUUUCAUCGUGGAGGAUCCCUUUUGGGCGUGAACGUGAGCGUUCGUACCACUCUCACUGGAGCCGAACCGUUGAAAUGGACGAGUGGUACCGAUCACUUGGCAGUUUACUGCCAGGUAGAAUGCACCCGUGCUGGCGCCUUCAAGUACACCUUCACCGCCGAUGAAGAAUGUGUGUUUAGAGAAGGUGGCAGUGGAUACUUUUUGGUGAUGCCAGAGCUGAUUGUGAAUGGGAAACGCCUUCCAUUGGAUGGAAUCGCAUGUCAAACUCACCUUACUAAACUAUUAGGUAGCUUUUCAAGCUGGGAAGAUCGUCUUCGGGUUUCAAAAGAAAGCGGCUACAAUAUGAUUCACCUCACCCCGAUACAUGAAUUGGGAAUCUCGAACAGCAGCUACUCACUUAGCGAUCAUCAUGCUCUUAUCCAGUCCAUUCAAGAGGAAAACCAUCAUGUCACUUUUGACGAUGUGGAGAAGCUAGUGCAGAAGAUCGAGAAGGAAUGGAAUAUGCUAACUGUGCAGGACGUCGUUUGGAAUCAUGCAGCCAAAAAUGCUAAAUGGCUCCAG